AAGGUUACAAGAUGGCUUCAAGCAGUAACACUUACAUAGUGCUGCUCUUGGAUGGGAGGCAAUACACUUGCAAGUUAAAUAACAAGACCCUAACAGAAGAGCUGUUUGAUUGUGUUAUUUCUUAUCUUGGGAUUCAAGAAAGAGAGUAUUUUGGCCUCUGCUUUAUAAGUGAACCAGGAAAAUAUCGAGAAUGGAUUGCACUGGAAAAACGCUUGGUGGAACAUGAUCUGCCCAGAAGUAACGGAAAUAUUGUCAUUCAUUUUGCUGUGAAGUUUUAUAUCGACAACAUUUGCUGGCUUCAUGACCCAACAACUGUCGAACAGUUUUACCUUCAGGCACGUGAGGCUGUAUACAAUGAGAGAUUGCAAUGUGAGAAGGAUUUGUCGUACAAGUUGGCGGCACUUGCUCUGCAGGAGAUCCGUGGCGACUACACCACGGAGGAGGCAGCUAUGAAAACUCUCACCAAAUACAAUCUACUCUCGCCUGGAGCUCCUUCGAGCUCUUAUCUCGAGGUUCUGCACCAUUACAAGAUACUACAGGGCUGGAGUCGGGGUAAAUCUAUUAUUAACUACCUGAACAAAGCAACUGAGCUCAAGGGAUAUGGGGUUCAUGUUUAUCAGGUAAAAGAUAAGAACGGAGUACCAUGGUGGAUCGGAAUGUCGCCCCGUGGUAUCGCACAGUACGCCCUACAAGACACGUACAAUCCUAUACAACUCUUUAAAUGGAAUGAACUGGACAAUGUUUAUUUCAGGGAUAAGAAGUUUAGUAUUGAGAUAAAUCAAGGCAGCAAGACACAGAGUGCAGUGCAGCACAAACAGUAUAGUUCAGUGCUGAUGCACGCUUGGUACAGUCCUAAUAACAAGCUGGUUAAGAGUAUGUGGCAGAUGGCAGUGCACCAGCAUCAGUUCUAUCUGGAGAAGAAAUACUUACAGGUGAACAACAGUUCUAAAAUAAAGUGCAACAGUGCCCGAUCCCUGAACGACAUUGUGGCGGAGUUAUCUACUAGUGUUAUGAGCCUGGAUUCUAUAGGAUACCCCGAAAGAAGCACAUUUUCAGACAGUAAAUCAGAGGACAGUAUAAACUUUGGUUUGGGUACAGCGCGACCUGGUUCAGCCGCGGCAGAUGAGCUGUGGGAAGCGCUGCUCGAACAGCGCAAAGUGCUAAUCGAGCGCAAAUCUCAACUUCAGACAACGUUAUCAGUAUUAGAUUGUGAAGAAACGGAGAUAAGGGGAUCAGUGGAGUGCGACAACUCCAGCGCACCUACAGUUGCUACUGCGUACCCAAUAGCUAACGAGACCAUGCAGUUUGACGUGGUGUCCAGACUAGAGUUAGAAUAUGAGAUACAGUGUAAGAUUAUUAGCGCUGCUGUUAGACUGUCCAAAGAGAAAGGUAUUGACAAGAGCAUAAAGAAAGAGCGACUGCAAGCUGCUCAGAGAGCACAGUUAAAGAUGCUUGAUAUCGAGAGGAGACUGGACGCGGCUCGUAAGUUUAAAAUGGGCGGUAGAGAAAGGUCAAACAGCGGACACAAGUCAUUGCCAGACAGGACAGAAAGAGAUGGAUCUGAAUGUUCAAGAACGGAGCAGCCGAUUCCUCAGAGUUACUGUUCACAGGGGUCGCUGUCUCAUCACAACAGAAGUGAUAGUGAUUAUAUGUUAGAAAGGCAGCGAAACAGUCCGAUUAUAAGGUCACCGACCCCGGACCAGCGAAGAAUGAUGUGCUCUCCGACACUUGACCGCGUCAUAACGCCGCCCCAUGAUCCGGCUACUGAGUUCGCAAGACAAAUGAUGACAAAACUAUCAGCUAAAGGACAAAGUACACUGGUGUGAUACUAGGGACAGUUAAGGUGCUUGUCAGAUGAUAGGAUUAUUUGUUUCACGAAAAUGUGAGCUGAGAUUUAGGCAAAGAUAAUGGCCAUUGGCCGGGGCUAGUUGAUGUUCAAUUUAGCAUUUAGGUCUUGAUGAAACUGUGAAGGACUGGUAAAGCUAUCAGCAAUCUACUUUCAUUAAAGUAUAUUUGUUUUCAUGGAUAUACUUGUUUCAAUAUUAGCUGUUUAACGUUUAUUCAGUGUUUUACCUACCCUUAAAUCAGUUUUAUUAUAGGUAAGCCGAUUUAACAUAUUUUGUGUUACAGAAUAUCUUAAAAGAAAAAAUAUUUAUAUUGCUUUUUGUACCGACAUUUUAUGUUUUUGAGAUAUCUUAAUU